AUGCGUGUGCUCAACUGCGUUUUCCUCCUGGCCGCCUUUGCCGCAGCCGUCUCGGCCGACACUACUACUCAAGACAAGACGACCUUGAACACGGUCAACCCAACCGACAACACCGAGAACAAUACCAAGGGAUCGACGGCCGACAUGACCCCGUCCUCAAAGGGCGUGGACGGCAGCACCGACGUUAACGGUAGAGCUGAAAAUACACAAGACAACGACGAAUUUAAAAUCCAGCCGCAGCCAAUUCGCGUCCCUACGGAGGCCCCCUCUACCACCCCCAUCAGCCCCACACCAGAAAGCAAUGCUGGGUCUACCAAGGACCCCAGUAGCAAGCCAGAUGAGACCAUCGCCAGUAGCAGCGCGGCUGUUGUGACACCUACGGCCUUUGUACUCGUGUCGAUUGUUGUCUACGCCAUGCUCUAA